GUAUUUAGCUUCUAAAUAAUUGCAGAAAAAAAUGCUUUUUCGAUUGCGAUAACUCUUUCGUCGUUCCAAACAUCCCGGCACCCUUCCGCCGCUCAUCGAAUACUUUCCAUGGAUCCUAACCCUAUGGUGCACCCAGCAGCCCUGCCCUACCACGAUUACCCCUACGACAUGAGACCCUCGUCCUACCCUGCGCCGCCGCCGCCUCCCGGUGCCAUCCAUCUCCCUAAUCAUUCCGCUGGUUACCACUCUUCCUACUACCAUCAGCAUCACACGAAUCCUCCUCCUCCCGCUCCGAUUGUCCAUUCUAACCCCCAGCAGCAGAAGAUCAACACACUCUUCAUCUCGGGGCUCCCUGAUGACGUCAAGGCCCGUGAGAUCCAUAAUCUCUUCAUUCGUCACCAUGGGUUCGAUUCUUGCCAGCUUAAGUACACGGGCCGUGGCAAUCAAGUGGUUGCCUUUGCUACGUUCAUCAAUCAUCACUCAGCUAUGGCUGCAUUGGCGGCAUUAGAUAGAACCAUUUUUGAUCCUGAGACUAGAGCCACCCUACACAUUGAGCUGGCGAGAUCAAAUUCAAGGAAACGCCUAAGAGGGGGUGCUGUCUAUUCGAUCAUUGACAAACGACCAAAAGUGCGAAAAGACAAUCAGAAUGACUGGAAUGAUGAUGGCGAUGUUGGAUCUGAUGAAUCAUCGGACACAGAAAAUGAUAAUUCGCGCAACAAGGGUGCCUUAGCUGCCACACAGAGUCUCAAGGGGGAGGGUAAGUCUGCAAGCGAUAGAGCUGCUUCGGAUAAUGAGACGACCACACAGAAUAUUCCACCUUGUUCUACUUUGUUUAUUGCAAAUCUUGGACCUUCUUGUAAUGAAGCAGAGCUAAAGAAAGUUUUAUCCGAGUUUUCUGGUUUCCAAACGGUUAAAAUGAAAGGGAAACGUGGAAUGCCUGUUGCUUUCGCCGACUUCGAGGACGUUGAAUCCUCUACUGCUGCUUUGGAAAGCUUGCAAGACACUUUACUAGACUCCUCUGAUCGCGGUGGAAUGCACAUCGAAUAUGCAAGGUCCAAAAUGAGGAAAGGCUGAAUCGGUCAUGGAAGACAACUGCAAUCUAUCGUAUAAGUUGCAUGGAAUACUUUUAAUUUAGAGAAUUUCUUGUGUGUUAUUGAAGAACAAAAGAAAAAAAGAAAAAUAGGCCGUCUGUUUUGAAUUGCUGUUAACAUGUUGAAGUUUCUUCUGUUCGGAUCUCUAAUAUCUUUGGAAACCAACAUUCUGCUGCUGCUUUUUGCUUA